AUGGCAGCAGCAGAUGUGCCAUCAUCAAUACGAAAGAAAAUUAAAUAUGGUGAAACAACAGGUACAACAUGGGGUCUAUUCUCAGAAUAUUGUCAUCACAGUUCAAUACAUGGUGUCAAAUAUUUGGGUGAGCCGAAACGGAGUUUUCUAGAAAGAUUGUUUUGGAUUUCUAUAUUUGCUUUUUCAAUAUAUGGUUGUCUUUCACUUAUUGGGAAUACAUGGAAUAAAUGGCAAGAGAAUCCUGUUAUUGUUAGUUUUAAUGAGAAAUCAACACCAGUAUGGCAAAUUCCAUUUCCAGCUGUAACGAUAUGCCCUGAAUUGAAAUUCCCCCAAGAUAAAUAUAACUAUUCAGAAGUAAUAUUAAAAAUUAUAAAUCGUGAAUUGCAAAAUAUUACAGAGAAAGAAAACAAUUACACUGAUAUUAUGGCACAUGUUUGUGAUUACGAAACAGUUUCAGAAAUUUUUGACAUGCUAAGAAAUGACACAAAUAUGUUUUCGGAUCGUGAUGAAUUUAUUGAUAUAAAUACAAUUGUACCGAUUCUUGAAGAGCUAAUUCCUUAUGAUGAUAUGCCAUUUGAAGGAUGUAGUUUUCAAGCGAAAACAAUGAAAUGUAAAGAAUUAUUUCGAAAAACAAUAACUAAAGAAGGAAUUUGUUUUAAAUGGAAUAUUGAAGACGGUUAUGAUAAGAAUGCCGAUAGAAAUGCUUAUCCAAAGAGAUCUCUUGGUUCUGGUGCUAAAGCCGGUCUAUUUUUAUGGUUAUUCAGUAAUAAAAUAAAGUGUGAUAAAACAUGUAAAGGACCAAUUUUAGGAUUUAAGAUGUUACUUCAUGCACCAGAUGAAAUCGAUGAUAUAUCAAGUCAAUAUAUUCAAGUGCCAUUAGGACAACAGAUUUUGAUAUCUAUAAAACCAAAAAUACUUCAUACAUUGGAACGUUUAAGAGAUUAUAGCCCAGAAACGCGCCAGUGCUUUUUUCAAGAUGAACGUUAUUUGAGAUAUUUUAAAUAUUAUAAUCAAAAGAAUUGCCAAUUAGAAUGUUUGACAAAUUUUACAUAUUCAAGAUGUAAAUGUGUACGUUUUGAUAUGCCAAGAAAUAAUGAUACACCAAUAUGUGGUUUAAAAAAUUUAAAAUGUUAUAAUGAAGCUGAAUAUCAUCUUUUAAAUGAAGAAUUUGAACGUGGAAGUAAAAAAAGUAAAAAUAUUUUUAAUAGUUUUUCAAGUACGUGCAAUUGUUUACCAGCCUGUACAUCAAUUGCAUAUGAAACUGAAAUAAAUCAAGCGGCUUAUAAUGUAACAACACAUUAUGAACCAUUUAUAUCGAAAUUCCCACAAGAAUUUAGUGAUAUAUAUGAGAUGUCACGAGUUUUUAUAUAUUUUAAAGAACCACAAUUUUUAACAUCAAAACGUUCUGAACUUUAUGGCACCACAGAUUUUUUAGCUAAUUGUGGUGGUUUACUUGGUUUAUUUAUGGGUGUAUCACUUUUAAGUUUUGGUGAAUUAAUAUAUUUUUGUACAAUACGUUUAGCUGCAAACUUAAAAAUGAGAAAAAAAACGAAUAAGAAUUCAGUCAAAGAAGUGAGACAGGCGCUAGUGAGUUAUUCCAGACAAAGACCACCAAUAGCUUCAGAUUAUACAUUAAAUGGUCAAAUUCGUAAUUCAGUUAGCUUAAAGACGUAG